AUGAAGGUGAUAGCGCUUUUGACGUUCCUGGGUUUCCGUCUGAAUCCCUACACAGUUUCUGCGCGGUUGAACCCAAAGGCGAUUAUAUACGACUCUUUGAAGGUAAGUUUUGUACAACGAAACAUUAUCCUCUUACAUCAUUGUAAAAAGUGAUACCGACCAAGAAAAUGAGUAAAUAUAUGAUAUGGCAGCUCGAGCUUUAAGAAAUUUUAUCAACAGGGAAAAAAUGGUUUUAAUUUAAAUGUAAAGAGCUGUUUUUCCAUUUCAUCGCGUCUGAAAUAAUGUGUUAAACAAACUAUGCUCAAUAAAUAGCUAACAAAUUUGACCUCUAAAAGAAAGAAGUUGACAAAAUUCAGAAAGUUCGGAAAAUUAAUGAUAUUUUAUACUUUUUUUUAAAAAGAAGCAGUGAGAAUGUAUCGAUUGUGAAAGCAAAUUUAUUGAAUGAAGAAUUGUACCUUCAGCCUAAUCGAGGUGAAUGUCCUGACUCUUACCGCCCACUGAAACCGAAGACUCUGAAGUUUAAUAAACGAUAAUGCAAACGCGAUAACAAAAUUAAAAUAAAAACUGAUAAUGGUUUUCUUUCAUGGAAACCGAGGCGUUUAAAAUUUUAGGGUGAAUUUACUCGUACUCUGUUCCAUUUUCAUUUUUUUUUCUGUUGUAAAUAUUAAAGAUCUUGCUCAAAAUCCAUGUACCAGCUUUCAAUUUUCUGAUCUCUUUAGCCUUUACCAAAGACCUUCCCUUUACAGAAGACUCCUCAAGACAGGUGUAAAAUAAGCGUGGCAUAUUUAUUAACGUAAUGUUGUGCCUGUAAAUAUAUGAAGGAAUCAAUUGCUGAUCUAUCACGCUAUGAAAACAUGUAGACACAAGCCUUCUAUUUCUGGUUUGAAAUCCCUCUCGAGUUGACGUGACAUCCUCUAUAAAACGUUUUGGUUUUCCCGAGGGCUUCCUGUAAUUUUUUGAAAAAUCAGGGACAUUGCAAGGUUUAAAGAUAUCUAAGGAGAAGUUAGUGAAAAUGAUACUGAAUUUUUAAUCAUUUUCAUUCAUAGUACUGAUGACACGGACUAGUAUCAACGCUAGCUGGUAUUAUAUAUCGCUUUGACAUGUUUCCAAUUAAAUAACACGCCCCCGCCAAAAUCAUUUGAUCAUGAUAUGAUGCCAGAUAAAACACCCACUCUACCACCGAUGAUUUUUAUGAAUAGAAAAUCUUUACGAUUUUUUUUUUAAAUUUUGUAAAGUGACAUUGACUCUGAUAAACCCAGUGGGGACGAGCUAUGAACGCAUAUAUGUAUGUAUGUAAGUUUGUAAGUACUGAUGAAGAGAAGGCGUGCUUGAUUAAACGAAAAAGUGCUUUUUCUUUGACAAAAUAGACUUCUGACGCGUUGUACAAGACAAGAGAAACGAGCAUGGCCUCCAUUUCAGAGCGUCAGUUGGGAAAACGGGUCUCAAAUGAGAACGGUCCAACACAGCGCAGUAAGAAACACCUUCCUUUGCAGUAUUUCUUCGAGAUGUCACGCAACGGGAGGGAGCGUUGCGUUACAUCUUAAAGUACAGCUGCGAGACUAUAUAUGAAUUAGUGAGGCAGAUUUUCUUCCUUUUUCUUCUUUCUUUGUUUUGUUUUUUUUAAUCUGUUUGUACCUGCCCUGGGUGCCUACUCUUAAAACAAAAUUUAUUAUCUCUUCCGUGCAAACUAAAAUGCUCUUAAAAGACUAGUGAUUCUCCAAGUAACACUCUAUCUUUCAAAUUUGUUCGACCAUUUUCUACAUGAAGACCACUAAAUGUAUUUAUCUCAAAAAAAAUAACCUAUGAGAAGAUAAAUUUUGUUUUACAUUGACCACUCAGCAUAAUUAGCUCUCGUUCAGUAGACUACAAAAGAAUACGGAAGCAGUAGAUUUUACCGGCAAAAGGGAGAAGUUUCUGCCCGGAAAAUUUUCAAAAAAACUAUCUUGCACUCGACCCAGUGCUGGGCGCCGAAAAAAGUGAAAGUGGGCUGCUUUCAUGAUAGGGGCGGAACAGGAGAAAGACGCUACCGCAAUUUUGAAAACCGAAAAGCCCCUGGGGACGAUGUUAGAACGUGGGUUGUUACCAUGACAAUUUAUAACAACUACAUGGUUUUAUGGCGGCUUUGCUUGAUCUCUUGAUCGUUCAUUAUUUUGAAUUGAAUAAAUGUGUAUUACUGAUAUCAUCUUUCACAUCACAAAGAAAUCAUCCCCAAGCAACUCAUUUCCUUUCUUUCGCCUUUUCCGGGAUAUAGAUAGAACUGGCAAGGUCGUCAAAUUAGAGAUGCAGUAUUGUCGGCCAUACCCCACCAUUGUGCAAGUGAGCGAUCCGUUGAAAUGGGGAAACUUUUAUUUACCCAGCUUUGUUGAGCUUCAUCGUUGCGCUGGAGGCUGUCCUUUACAUCCAAGUAAGUUUAUUGGACGACCGUCAAUAAAUAAUUAGCCCGGGAUAGCGUUAAUUUUGCUCUAAGAGUACAUUCGUAUGAGUGUCGUAAUUUCUGAGCCAAGGUAAUCACGACAACCAAUCGAUGGAAAGGAAAAUAUCACAAGGAACCAAUGAGAACUUGAAGAAAAAGCGAGAAAACUGCUCGAAGCGCGUGAAAACGCGAGUAAAUCUGAUUGGUUAAGAAAAUGGGGCGAGUUUUAUGAAUCGAACACUGAGUGGUGUUGGAUAAAACCAGAUAUAAAGUAACCCAGAAACAAAACCAUUGUCACUCAAUUGAACUUGAAAUAAUUUAAUCUUUUAUUGGUUAAAAAAAUGAGAAGAUUACAGAGCCUUGGGGGGAAUCAGGUACCUCCCUUCCCUCCACCUCACCCCUUAUGGGCGAUAACUAAUGACCAUUCUCGUACUUCUCGGCUACAGAAUACACGAGUUACUUAUAUCGGAUCAAUAUCAGUAUCUGGGUAACUGCCCACUUGCCCCUCCCUUAACCCAACAUUAACCCUAACUUGUUAUCAAUUGACUGUUGUUGAGUUAGGGGAGGGGUAGGUGGGCAGUUGCCCAGAUACUGAUAUCGAUCCCCUAUAUCAAUGCAUUCGUCGUUUCAGGUGUUGGUUACUGCGCAAUGACUAAAGAAGAGAAUGUAACAAUUCUUGUAACUGUGCAUGGACGCCAAAUAUUUAAUAAUCAAUUUCAAGUUGUCAUGAGUAACCACACUGAUUGCUCAUGCGCAUGUGUGCCACAAAAGUGUCACCCCGGGCAACGAUUCAACACUAACCAAUGUAGCUGCGAGUGCACUGAUGUUAAGGAUAAAGACAGCUGUCAAUCAACAGACAACAUGCAGUGGGACAAGAAUCAAUGUCGUUGUGUAUGCAGUAUCACACGAACUUGCAACUUGGGAUAUAAAUUUAGUUUGAAUACGUGUCAAUGUGAACCUGACGAGGAAGAAAUUCUAGCAAGGCUGUAGGGUUACUUACGACCUCUGAUUUAGGUAACAUUUGCUCUUGUGAAACGUUAUUUGCCGGA